AUGAUGUCCCACCAGCACCUCUGGCAACAGGAGCAGGACCACUCCAUUGAAAGCAUCAUGGACGCCUUUGCUCCGGAAACCAGCUUUCACUAUGACGGCUCCGUCAGUUGCGGAACCACAACACCAAGCUUCUCGGCCGCCUCGUCCACCUACGACCCCAACGACCCAUACACUCCUCGCUCAGGCCGGUCGACACCUCAUGACCACCACUCCAGUCUUGACUUCGAGUCCUCCUUCUCCUCCCAGAGCUCCUUCACCUUCGAACAUGCCGCACCACAAGAGCCCAAGGGUUACUUCCUCAGGCAUGACAAGGCCGAGAUCCAGAUGCCCAUGCAGUAUGCCUCGGCCGUCCCCCUCACGCCGUCGAGGAGACAGAGCUCGGGGUAUGGCAUGGAGCACCUAGAUUACAACACGAUGCUUCAUGUCGCCAUCAACUCCCACUGCAUGCCCGGCAUGUCCCCGCCUCAUCACCACCAGCAACAGCUUCAGCAUCAGCAGCAUGCUCAUCACCAGCACCACCAACACCACCACCACGCCGAGCAAUAUUCGCUUCCCCAAGACCUCAGCUCAUCACCCUUUGUGAUGCCUACACCUCACCGCGCCCUCACCAGCUCCACCCCCAGCAAUGCACACAUCUGGUCCUGCAGCAGCGAAAGCCCCAUCAUGAUGUUCGGCAACGAGUCCACACCCUCGACAUCCCCUCUCCAUUCUAUCACUGCCAGCGUCAAGCGUGAGACCACACACUCGCCCUCGCCCCUGCAGUCGCCGCCGUCGGCCGGCGCGUACCGCCAGGACUCUAGACGCAAGCUCUUUGCCGAGGUCCAGCGCAAGACCCUGGCCCUCCAGAAGAACCAGAACGACAUGGAGGCCCUGAGGCAGCUCCGGUCGAUCCAGGUCAACCAGGAUGGGUCCGUCCUCGACUGCGGCUCGGUCAAGGUGCGCCACGUCGCGCCGAGGCGGGAGAGAUGCACAUAUCCCGACUGCACCAAGACGUUCAAGAGGAAGGAGCACCUCAAGCGCCACUUCAAAGCAACCCACGAAAAGGAGGUUGAGCUGUACACGUGCCCCGCCACGAACUGCAACCACGUUUUUAAGGAGCGCCGCGACAACUUCGUCUCUCACCUGCUCCUCCACAAGCAGGGCAAGAGUAGCAGGACUCCCUACAACGACAAGGCUGCCAAGCUGUACGACGAGAUGUGCCUCCAGAGCAAGAGUCGCAAGCGCGUCAAGACGAGCACCAGCUCGAGCCCUAGCAGUAGCACCAGCAACAAGAACUAA